AGUAAUUGUAUAAAAAUAAAAUGAUUAACAAUUCACAAAAACACAAUAAACACAAGAUAAUUCGCAACUUGCGCUCCGUUUAAUUACUAACUGUAAUUGUAUACCGUAUACCCGUAUAGCCGAGCUAAUUCCGAUACAUAUCGACAUCUUUAAAUCGAUGUAUCGAUGGUACAUUUUACAUCACUACACAGCGGCGUCGGUGUCUCUCUGCAAUAGAGUAGGAAUCCGCGUUUAUUUUUUUUUGCCACAAUUUUUGUUAGAGAAAAUUGUUGCAGCUACGCUUAGGCGGCCCGAGCUAAAGUGUGGCUGAGCUUGUGUUUGUGGAUGUGGACGCAACAAGAUAGCUAAAAACUAUCAAUCAUAAUCGCAAUGGAUUUGUUCGACUUGGUGCGAGCAGCUCCACCACCGCCGAGCGUACGCGAGGCGACAGCAGCGAAGCCAGAGGCUGAGGCGGGAGCAGACGCAGACCCGAAAGAAAAACCCUCUACGCCGUCGCCAUUGCCAAUAUCGCCCAUUUUUAAUCCAGAGGUUGAAUCCGACACUGAAAUUGCACUUCCCCGCUCGCCGGUGCCAGCAUCGCCCAUUUACAAUUUAGCUGUGGAGGAUGACAAAGCAAUAGUGGAUGACACUGCUGCUGAUGAUAAUGCCACUUCAAGGCAACCUACGCUUGACAGCGACAACAAAGAGGACGACAACGCCGAUCGCGACGGCGAUGCUGACGGUGAGGAAGAGGAUGAUGAGCAUCCGCAGCCACAGCCGCCCAAGACGAAGGCGCAACAGAAAAUGUUUGCAGAUGUGCCAACGACUUCAAAGAAUAAAGUUGGCACCUCGGCAGGCAUUAGACAAUGCUUGGUGCGCAUCAAGCGCUUGAACCAGUCAGAGAUUGAACGUUUAAUCAAACGCAAAGCCAACAAACGCGGCAGACCACGCAAGAGUGCGUCAGAUUCCUCAAUGCUGGAUGAUUCUCCGUCGCCACCCAAAAAGCAAAAACCCAUUAACAAGGUGCACAUCAAGGUACCCUGGAUGCAGAACGGUGCUAAGCAACGAGCCACGCAGACAACUUCACGUGCACACACACCGCCGCCAAAUCUGAAAAGAUCGCUCAAACAGGACAGGCCAAACAGUGUCAGCAAGGCGCUGGUUCAGCGUUAUGGCGCUCGCUUCUUUAAAUGCGUGGUGAAGUUGAAGCGCCUAACAGGCGCAGACACCUCCACACCAAAGCGCGCAAAUCGAAAGUCCAAAUCGAAGCUGUCUGUUUCAUUUAGUGAAGCUGUCGAGAUACUUGGCAGUAAACCGCGCAAAUCAUCGUCCAUUGCGGGUACGCCCAGGCUGCUGUCUAAAUUGUGCAAUUCAGUGCCAACGCGUUUGCAACGUGUCGAUGCCACUGGAAACGUGCUCGAGGACAUUGAGCUUAAACACGACUUGGUACUGGGUUCUGCUAGUAGCUCGACCAGUCCAAGCAAGCGGUCUGGGCGCCCGUCCUCUUGCAACGGCGGCCGACGUGCCACUAAGCUCAAGCGACCGGCACUGCGUGUUCCAGUCAACGAUUUGGCCAGUCUGCGCAUCGAUGACAGUCAGGAGGAGGAGGAUGUAGAUAACGAAGCUGGCGACGAGUAUAUUGUGCCCAACGAAAUGCCCGUCUAUCAAACAUUGGGCGUGCGUCGCUCUGGCACUCCGACCCCAGUUAAAAGAGUAACAGUAACUACAACAGUGAGUGACGAGGAGGGCACCGAAGGGCCAGAGCAAGAACCAGAGCCAGUGCCAGUGCCAGUGCCAGAAAGUGAUGCUGAUAAAGCCGCAGCACCAGCUGAGAAACCACAAUCUCAAGCUGAGAAUGAGGAAACAGCUGAGCAAGAACAUGAACAGAAGCAAACGGACCCGGAGCCGCAGCCAAAGGAUGAUGACCCGAAGCCUGUGGAUCCUGUACCGAAACCUGUGGAAAAAGAGGCAGAACCGAAACAGUCGGCAGACGUACUGGAGCAGAUACUCUCAAAGGAAAAAUCACCUGUGUCGACUGCCCUAGCGGAUGAUGUGACAACCGAUGACAUUUUAGAGAUUCAAACAUCCAUUGAGGAUGUGCGGGAGCUGCACACACCCCCCUCACGACAGAAUACACCACAGCUCCUGCCGCAAACACCUAAUCGCAGCGUGCGCUUUGAGUCACCAGAGUCAGACACCAGCUUUAAGUCGGCCCAUGAGCAGGAAACCAGCAGUGCAGCACAGAAUACUUCCGAAGAGGCGCCAGCGCGGCAAACUAGUGAGUCAGAGACGGUGGACACUGAGUUGACACCGCCUGUUGCAGCGACCACCUUUAAUGCCAGUGAGCCAGCCAGCGGCACCAGUAGCAUACCGCAACCGCCGUACUCGCCGAUCGCUGAAAUACCAACUCUAGAUGACGAUGAACUGGGCCAGCUUGUGGAGCCCGAUUUUCAAAUAAGCAACAGCCUCCAUUCAAACUCCAGAGUCACUAUGGAGGAUAUUCUGACAGUGUUUGAAUCUUAGAAAGUCAACUAAAUGAACGCGUCACGCAAAAGACAGUUAUUCGCCUUGACGUGGAUCCUCGGCCGUGGACAUUCAAAAGGCUAUUUGGAUUAGCUCAAGCAACACGACAACAACUAAUUUGAUUGAGUUAUUUUUGUUGUUCUACCACAUACAGUUUAUUAUUUAAAUUCUCUAUUGUCAUACCUACCGUUUGGGUAAUAUACUCAGAAAUGCAUUAUAUGUUGCAUAGGUGCAUUACAUAUGGUAUAGGUGUGUUGAUCGCAUGUUUUGCAUGUACUUUGUUGUAGAACAGGGUAUUGAAAAAAACACGGCUGCUAAUUUAUUAUCAAUUUAUUAUCAACAGCUCUAGUCACGCGAGCGUUUAGUUGACAUAUGAACUCUAAAGGCCGUGAACGGUUACCAUACAGCUAUCAUAAACUUUAACAUUAAUGUUUGGAAUGCCUAAACACCGUUAUGUUAGUUAUGCCGAUCAAACACACACACACACACACACCACAUGUGUUCCAUGUGUCGAUGUGUAUGUGUGUGUAUACACAUCGACACAUGGAACACAUUCACACAGAGCAACAAAAUUUAAAUAGAACAUAAACUCAAUCUGCUCCAUUUGGAUUUUUUUUUAAGUAGAUGUAAAUCUAAUUGAUGUAUUAUUAAAUAAAUAAAGUAAAUAUGUAAAUGGAAA